AUGCCUACGUUCAAAGCCAACGACGGCAUUGCAAUCCAGUACGAAACGUACGGAUCUAGCAGAAACACGCCUCUGAUCUUGCUCCACGGCUUCACAGGCUCCGGCGCAGUCUUCAAGCGCAACAUCGCUGCCCUCUCACAACACCACUAUGUAAUCAUCCCCGAUCUCCGCGGCCAUGGCAACUCCUCCAAACCAAAAGCCGGAUACCACGUCUCGCGCCUGGCCCUAGAUCUCAAAAACCUACUCGACCACUUCAACCUCGGUGACGAAAAAGUGAAAGCCAUUGGCACCAGUCUCGGCGCAGCUAUCCUCUGGUCUUAUAGUGAACUCUUCACCACCUCCCCUUUCUCCCACAUGAUCUUCGUAGACCAAGCCCCACUGCAGAAUUACCUCGAGGACUGGGGUCCGGCAUUUGGGAAUCGCGGGUGUAAUUCUCCUGAAGCCCUUGAGGUAAUCCAGAAAACGCUGAUUGAGGAACCGGAAAAGGCGCAUGUGGGGACGAUUGCCGCGUGUCUGGGGUAUAGGUCGCAUCCGCAGUCUGGGGAUCCGACGCAAGAGUCGGCAGUUUGGAAGGAGGAUGAAGCGUUCUUUUUGGGAGAGGCGAUGAAGGGGGAGGGGUGGUGGUAUGGGAAGUUGAUGGCGGAUCAUACGGCAAAUGAUUGGAGGUAUUCGAUUGCGCAGAAUUUUGGGCCGGGGAGUAAGAGUACGACGCGUGUGUUGGUGGUUGCGAGUAGUAGGAGUGGGUGUUUCCCUGCUGAUGGUCCUUUGAAGGUUGUUGAGUUUGUGAAUGGAGGGAAAGAUGAGGGGAGUGCCAAGGGAGUGACGGUAGAAUGGGGUGGUCAUUGGUGUUAUUGGGAGAAGCCUGAGCUGUUUAAUGAGCUUGUGCUUGGGUUUUUGCAGUAG